AUGCAGCAGCCGCAUAGGAUCACCGUGGCCCCGAUGACCGGCAGGAUGAUGCACUCGGCCAUCUUCGGGGACAUGAUGCGGGAGCUGGAUCCUCCGCUGUCCCCGGGGGCCGCCGCCUCCUCUCCCGUUACCCUCGCGCUCCGCAAUGAUUUGGGCUCCAAUAUCCACGUCCUGAAGACCCUGAACGUUCGGUUCCGCUGCUUCUUGGCCAAGGUGCACGAGCUGGAGCGGCGGAACCGACUGCUGGAGAAACAGCUGCAACAGGAGUACAGUGAGCGGCGGGAGCAGCGGAGGAGCCGGAGCUUCUACCGGGACACCGGGACCCAGACCGAAGCGCUCAACGCCAACCAGCUGCGCUACAGCCGCCUCCCCGGCACCAUCUGGAGCUACACCCACGUGCGGCGCACCGGAGGCGGCCUGGAGACCCUGCAGGGACCGGGAGUGUCCUGGACUCAUCCGGACGGGGUCGGGGUCCAGAUCGAGGUGCCCGAUCCGGGACUACUGGGGGUGUACAGGGGCAUGCUAUAUAUAUGUAGAGAGAGAGAGAGAUAUAAAAAAAGAUGGGAGGAAGAGUUGGCCAAGAGGACGAAUCUGGAAUCGCUGGUGGAGACCCUCCAGGAGGAGGCACAAGAAGCUUAUAACGUCCAUGAUGAGCUGAACGAGAAGAUCGAGCGGCUGAAGUCCGAGCUGGUGGUCUUCAAGGGUCUGAUGAGUGACCCCAUGACUGAUCUCGACUCAAAGAUCCAGGAAAAAGCCAUGAAGGUGGACAUGGAUAUCUGCCGGCGGAUUGAUAUCACCGCCAAGCUGUGUGAUGUAGCACAGCAGCGCAAUUCCGAAGAUGUAUCCAAGAUGUUUCAGGUGGGAACAGUGUCCAAGAAGAGGGAGCGGAAGGUGACGUCCGAAGAGGACAUCUCCGAGCAGGACGGGGACGCCGGGCAUUUCUCGGAUGAUGAAGUCAGUUGUUCCCUCAAUAUAACGGAUGAGAUGAAGAGAAUGUUCAACCAAUUACGGGAAACGUACGACUUCGACGACGAUUGUGACAGUCUGACCUGGGAGGAGAACGAGGAGACGUUGUUACUGUGGGAAGAUUUCACCAACUGCAACCCGAGCAUCGAGGUGCCGGCGGGGGAGGAGGAGAGUCUGGGGAGUCUGAUACAAGAGACAGAAACCUUCCUCAAGACCAGAGAUAAAGAAUAUCAAGAAACCAUUGACCAGAUUGAGAUGGAAUUGGCGACUGCGAAGAGCGACAUGAACCGUCAUCUCCACGAGUACAUGGAAAUGUGCAGCAUGAAGCGGGGUCUGGACGUGCAGAUGGAGACGUGUCGGAGGCUUAUUAAAGGAUCGGCCGGCAGGAAUUCUCCGUCCGUCAGCUCUGUGGCCAGCAGCGACUCAGGGAACUCUGACGAGAUGCAGGACGAGUUCGAGAAAGACGCAGACGGCGACACGGCCAUCAGUUGAUAAGCGGCGCCCCCCGAAGGACUGGAUAAAGCAGAGACUUUUGUCCUCCACGUCGCCCUCCUCCCCUCGAUCUGGUGCUGUAAACGUCUAUUCUACAGAAAAACCUGUAAAUAGGAAAGAAAAAAAAGUGCUGUAUGACAUGUGCCUUCCCUGCUUCUGAGCCCCCCGUAUUAUGUCCCCCGUCACCAGAAGCCUGUGAUGUCACACUGCCCGGUGAUGUCAUAGUCUGCCUCCAGCGUUCCAUUGUUUGGGGCGCACUAUAAUUUGGGGCGCUCACAGCAGCAAAUAAAUUCACAGGAUUACAGUUCCCGGGGCGCGGCGUGCGAUCUGCAGUCGGCGCUGGCGCUCUGGUGGGGGG